AUGGAAACUUCUCAUCGAAACUUGUUGCCUCAUAUGAACGCCCUAUCAUUGUCACACUUGGAUCUGCAGACAGCUCUGCGAGGCAUAUAUCUUUCGCUAGCUCUCUUUGCUACCUACAGGAUACUCUUAGCUGCAUACAAUGUCUACUUCAGUCCACUGAGGUUAUUUCCAGGACCAAAAAUAGCUGCAGCCAGCUACCUUCCCUUCUACUACCGCAAGUUUUUCGGGACACUGAACCCCUGGUACUUGGAGCUUCACAGCCAAUAUGGAGAAGUCGUUCGAUUCACGCCAAAUGAUUUAAGCUUUACGAAUGAGCAUGCUUACAAGGACAUAUAUGGUGGAAAAACUGCAAAUCACACUGCUAACCCGAAGUCUGGCUCUUUCUACACCAAGACUUACGGCAAUACAUGGACGAUGCUGACAGAGCCGGACGACACGAGGCACGGACAGAUCCGCAAAGUCUUCGCCAAUGCAUUCUCAGAUCGUGCGUUAAAGCUGCAGGAGCCAUUAAUUCUGAAACUUUACAACUUCGCCACGUUCGACAUCAUGGCCGAUCUCACAUUCAGUGAGCCCCUGGGUCUACUCCAAAGUAAUCAAUACACACCCUGGGUCAAAGCCAUGUUCGCCAGCAUCCGCAACAACCAGAAAACCAAAGUUUUCAAAGCUAUCCCCGUGCUCCGAGCUCUCGCUUUUCUCUUUCUCCCCAGAAACUUCAAGAAAAUAAUGAAGGAGAACUACCGAAAUUCUGUCGAGCGCGUCAACUACCGCAUCGCUAAUCCCCCUGCCGACUACGAUAUGUGGAAACUUGUUCUUGAGAAAGGCACAGAUGUCCUCCAGCCUGCUGAGAUGCAUACUAAUGCGGCAAUAUUCAUGAAAGCAGGUACCGAGACAACGGCAACGGCAUUGUCGGGCUUGACAUAUCAUCUGCUGCGCAAUCCGGACAAGCUGGCGAAGGUCGUCGCCGAAGUACGUGCUCAGCCCGACGAAGCAUCCUUGAACCUGUUAACUUUACCCCGCUUGCGGUAUCUGAAUGCGUGCUUCGAAGAGGGGCUUCGUAUAUAUCCACCCGUUGCUGAGGGCCUACCGCGUGAGGUGCCUGCAGGCGGAAAUGUGAUCUGUGGGCAAUACAUCCCUCCUAAGACGCGCAUGUGGGUGCCACAGUACGUGAACAAUCGCAACCCACGCAACUUCAUGGAUGCAGACAAGUUUAUACCCGAGCGCUGGUUGGACGGGGAGGGUUACGACAGUGAUAAGAAGCAUGCGUUGCAGCCGUUCAGUACCGGGCCAAGGAACUGUAUAGGAAAAAAUCUGGCUUACCAUGAGAUGCGGGUCAUUCUUGCGAAGCUGCUUUGGCAUUUUGAUUUGAGAUUGGCGGAGAGGAGCAGCAACUGGGCAGAACAGAAGACCUAUAUCCUGUGGGAAAAGCCAGAACUGUACGUCAUUGCUGAACCGGUGCGCUGA